UGAUGAUAGUUUCCGAACACCUUCUUCGGUAAUAUCCCCUGACUUAGGCAUUUUUUAAGGACAUAGAAAUUCUUCUCUAUACGACUAAGCUACAAUCAAAUCUCAACAAACUUCACCAAACCCUUCGUCCUCUCUUUUCAAUCCAUCUCUAAUGGCAAUAUCAUCAACAUCAACCAAAUCACCACCUGAUCAACUUCAAAACCCAAGACGAGUAUGUUUCUCCUUCGCUGCUUACGCGAAAAAGGGUUACCGACUGGCCCUGAAUUUCCUAACUGGAGAUCAUCGUCACAUCAGCAACUCAAAAUCUUGAUCAAUCUUCCGAUUCUGGGGAUUUGCAGAGAAAUAUCUAAAAGAAACUUAUGGUUUCGGAUAUGGGGUAAUCGACCUGAUGAUCCAAAUAAUGCAUUAACAUUUGCUAAACAUUUAUUAAAGAAAGCUCCAGUCUUGAUUCCCAUUUACAGAAAUUAUUACAUUCCUUCGAGUCCGAAUCUAGCUGGAAAUCCUGUUAUUUUUGUCAAAGAUGAAAAUUUACGAUACUCUGGUUUCGACAUUGUUGGGUUUUUUCAUGAGAUUAGUGAAUGCUGUCAAAUCAUUAACAUUGCUGAAGUUUCAAAGAAGGUGAUGAAAUGUCCUUCUACUUGGGGCGGAGAUAAGAAGAUUGAGUUCUGGUCUGAGUUGAUUGAAUGUAGUGUUGAGAAUCAAGGGUGGAGGUUGAAAUUAGAAGACAAGUUUGAGGAAAUGAGAAAGAGUUUGAAAAGUGGUGGAUGGUCUGAUGACGAAGUUAGAGAAAUGAUCACAACAACGACGACAAAAACAAUUGAUCAUAAAAAUGAUUUAGAUGUUCGAUUUUUGAAAGAUAAAGAGACAUUGAAUCAGUAUUUGAGGUUAUUGUCUGUCAGAUUAGUUGGUUCAGGUUGGAGUAGAGAAGAUGCUUUGCAUGCUCUAGGAUUUAUUCAUGAAGAAGAUGCUAAUUCAAAUGGCCCAGACGAAGUUUGAACAUUCACGGCCGAGCUGCCCCGGUUGUGCUUGUCCACGGAUGGCCGGUGGCUGAGCUACGCCGGUGCUUCACGGUCUACAAUCGGCCUUGAUACUUACAAGCGAUGUUAAAUUGGGAAACUUGGGGUAAAGAUAAAGAUUUUUUGUUUUUGUUUUUUUGUAUGAUUUCUUGAAGCAUUCAUUGCAGAAAAGCAACCAAUGGCCGAUGGAAUAAAGUCAUUCCAUAAAGGCCGAUUUAACCCCCCUGAAAUUUGAUUAUUUGUGUGUGUUCCUGUAAAUGAGCUACAGAAAUUCACAGUGAAUAUUGGGUUUACAAAGUUGCUGAAAACUUGGUUGGCUUGUAAGCAUUACCAUGUGGCAUGU